GAGCGCAGGGAGGAUCUUGCUGACCGGGACAACGCUCCACGAACUAUAGUGAUCUUGCUGAUCGGGAGGAUCUUGCUGACCGGCGUAGCACCAACCAUUCUGCAGCGAGCAAGUUGUCUCUAUGGCUGGAGAUGGUUGGUGCGACGCCGACGCAGAAGAGGAGGCGGAGGUGAGCACGCCCGGAUCUAGCGUGAGGUCGGCGUUCGUCGUCACGUCGGGCGAGAAAGAGGUGGUGGAGAUGGACGCGUCCAGCUCCGACGUUGUCUCGGCACUCGUCGCCAUGGCGAGCUGGAGCGUGUCGUGCUGGGCACCAGUGUGCUGUCGGGUGACCGCAAAGAAGGAGCGAGAAGCGUCAGAAUGUGAAGUUUCAAAUGGAACUCUCGAGAAGACUCUUCUCGUCCAUUUUUUUCCUUUUUUAAUCGUCACUGAUGCAGCGACAGACAAUAAUCGUUCAUUUGUGAUCGAACGGCACAGAGAAAAAAUACUGACGUGGACCGUCUAGCUAGGCUGUUUUGCGUUCGCGCUUAAUAUAUAGAAAGAAUGACCGC